AGUUGGUCUCGGGUUCGUGGCACCAAAUCCCGUUCGGAUCGCUAUAAAACGAGUCAAUUCUAAUCAUGUGUCCGAAGAAGGAUUUUCAUCCACUGAUCAUUUGAAGCAUGGAGGAAGAAGAUCGGUAUUUGAAAGGCUUGGACCCAUUCAAGAGUUAGAAAGAACUAGUCAUCAUAGACUUGGUAUUCGAAGAAUGGUAAAAUGCGGGAAGAUAGAGAGAAAGUUCCAUGAGCUUAGAAACUUGAUACCGUCACGAAUGAAGAAACAUACCACAUUGAUAGUUUCAUGUGGUAAUGUCUUGCAAACGGAGAUGCAAACAAUCGUGCACACAAGAGUAAAGGGUGAAGAAGAAAGUGAUAGAGAAAGCGUCGAUUCAUCUAAUCAAGUGAGUAUUGUUGUCCCAAGAGCAAAUCCUCGAAACAUCGAAAGCUCCUUACAUCGAAGAACCGCUGCAUUGGUAAGAGAAGGGUUUGUUAAUGAAGGCAAUAUCACUUUGCAUUUGCCUCGUGUCGUAAGAAGAGACGGACGAGUUAGAACAUGUGUUGAUUUCAAGAGUCUCGAUAGCCUUGCUGAAGAUGUUGCACAU